UUGUCAAGGUUUGAGGGUUUUGUGGACCCGCUUCCAGACAGUGCUGUGUACAGUGCACAGUGGACAGCAGCACUGGCCAUGGGUCGUCUUGAUUUCCUACCUCUGCCUAAUGGAUGCGAUGAUGGAAAGCCUACACUUUCAGAAGUCAACAGAAGCUCAGGGGCCCUUCUGAAGAGUUUCGAGGGACAUGACGUAGGUGCUCUCCGAAGUCGUUGCCGGUACCUCAAGUUCCUCCGGCUGCGGAGCUCUGCUCGAGCUCGAACCGUGGCGCAAACUGUGCCAGAGGAUUGCCAAGACCAAAACUCAGCGAAGGAGCUGAAGAGGCUGCGUUUCUUGCAUGCCAAAGCAGAGGACAUGCUCGCAAAGCAAAGCGCGAGGCAGCGGUGCGUCAGCCUGGCCCAUGCCAAGGGCCUGCGCCGAAGAGCACAGCGGCCUGGCAGAGGUAAGGGCGGCUGCCCAGGUCUUUUAGCUCCGGACUGGCCUCUGACCGAAUCCACAGCCCGUCCCUGGUCUGUUUGGCCCGAAUUCGGCUGUGAAAGCACCCCUCGCCGGACUCCAGUGCCUGGUUGCCAGCGCUUUGCACGCUGGCACCGUGCCCUGGAGCUUGCCGAGGAAGUUGCCCGAAACUACAGAUAUCCACUCAGGCCUUGCCCCUUCGAGGCAAAGCUGGAAGAGGCGCGGCGCCAGCUGUCCUCGGACGCCUUUGAUGCCCUGCGUGCCGAGUUUCUGCGCAGGCACGGGCGGAACAUUCUCCAGUCGCUGACGUUGAAGACGAAGCUGAAAAUUCGGAGUCUGUCGCCAACGCCUUUGUCCAGCAGCGUCCGCAAUGGGUUUCUGCAAACAUACUCUGAAGGCAGGGGCGGGGACUUGCUCCCCACAUUCCACGGCACCAACGUCUCCAACCACGCCUCAAUCUUUGAGCGCGGCCUGCUGAUCCCGGACAAGGAUACAAACGGGCUCAUGGUCAUCCAUGGAUCUGCACAUGGAUUGGGGACUUACAGUGCCUCCCUGGAGAACCCGCUUCUGGCCUUGGGCUUCGUGCGGCCAUACAAGUCAGCUUUGCUAGUGUGCGGCGUGGUGGACGACACGGCCCCCACGAGCUGCGCAGCCUCUAGGACUUACGGCUUCUGGUCAUGCACGAGAGAGUCGCAGCAUGUGCGUGUGGUUGGCGACGCCGUGAUUGCCCUGAAGCCCCACCGCAUUGCCCCGCUCUUCACCGCUAAUCUCCGUCACGUGGAGAAGACUCUGCAUGCUAAGCAGCGGGCCCGCGCACGGCGCACGCGGAAUGCUUCGAAGGCAUAUCGGCAUGUGCGAUGUAGCGUCAAGCUGGACCCCUGCCUUCAUCCGUGGCACAUCUUGUUGCGAGGAGGCAGGACCUCUGGCGGAUGUAUUUUCGUGACCCGGGCCCAGCAGGACCGUGCAAAGAUGGAGUGGGCAUCGAUCAAGCACCACAGCUCGAAAUGGCUGAAGGCACAUGGCUAUUGGAAUGCCAAGGCUUUCAAGAUUUUCUGA